AUGUCUAGUGCAGAUAUGGUCCAGAUACCCACGUGCAACAGACACACGCCUAUCAUUUGGCCCUAUAUUUGCGCGACUGCUGAUUCGCAACUCCUAGGAAGGUCAAGAAAUACCGGAUGGGCCCGCACCCUUGCUGUGCGCUUUCAAACCGACGUUUUUCCGGUAGAGCCAUCCUUAUAUGGGGCGUGGGCUGACUCGGCGAUAGCUUGUCUCCUUCGGGAUUGUUCGUACCAGUCUUUCAAUGGUAGGAGAUACCCUAUCCGCAGAAAACACUUGUUCCAAGGAUGUACUUACUGGAUUGUUGGCCUUCUGAGGUCCAAGGGUGCUGAAGCGCUGAAGUAG